GCCCGUUUCAACAUCCCGGUCUACACUAAGGGAGUGAUAGGCACCCGCCCAGCCGGAUCUGCUCCCGCGUCACACAAGGUUAUCAGACCCUUUGAGAUCAGGUGGGGCACGAUUGCAGCCUCCUCUACGAAAUCUUUGAUAUAUCGGAACAACACCCAAGUGACAACACUGCGACACAAUGGCCCCCCACGCUGACAAGGACAACUCCCCCGUCCGCCCUGGCGCCGGCGCCGUCAAGGACCGGUACCACGCGGCGUCGACCAAGACUGCCAUCGCUGCCGAGAACGAGUAUGCCGCCCACAACUACCACCCGCUCCCCGUCGUGUUCGCCCGCGCCCAGGGGGUCCACGUCUGGGACCCGGAGGGCAAGCACUACCUUGACUUCCUCUCGGCCUACAGCGCCGUCAACCAGGGCCACUGCCACCCAGAGCUGAUCAAGGCCCUCACCGAACAGGCCGGCCGGUUGACGCUGAGCUCGCGCGCCUUCCACAACGACGUGUUCCCCGUCUGGGCCGAGAAGGUCCGCAACAUGUUCGGCUACGACAUGGUGCUGCCCAUGAACACGGGCGCCGAGGCCGUCGAGACGGCCAUCAAGAUCGCCCGCAAGUGGGCCUACAAGGUGAAGGGCGUCGCUCCGGGUCGCGCUCUCGUCUUCAGUGCCGCCGACAACUUCCACGGCCGGACGAUGACAGCCGUCUCCCUGUCGUUGGAUCCCGAGUCCCGUGACAACUACGGGCCCUACCUGCCGAACGUCGGCGCCGUCAACCCCACCACGGGCGCCCAGAUCCGGUACAACAACGUCGCCGACCUCGAAGCCGUGCUGGAAGCCCACGGGCGCGACACGGCCGCCUUUAUCGUGGAGCCGAUCCAAGGCGAGGCCGGCGUGGUCGUGCCGGACGACGACUACCUCGCCAAGGCGCACGCGCUGUGCAAGAAGUACAACGUGCUGCUGAUCUGCGACGAGAUCCAGACGGGCAUCGCCCGCACCGGCCGCAUGCUCUGCUCCGAGUGGGCCGGCAUCCGGCCCGACAUGGUCACGCUCGGCAAGGCCAUCUCGGGCGGCAUGUACCCCGUCAGCUGCGUGCUGGCCAACCGCGACGUCAUGGGCGUCGUCGAGCCCGGCACGCACGGGUCCACCUACGGCGGCAACCCGCUCGGCUGCGCCGUGUCCAUCCGCGCGCUCGAGCUGGUCGAGGAGGAGCGCCUCGCCGAGAAGGCCGACCGGCUCGGCCGCCUGUUCCGCGAAGGCGUCGAGGCCUUCCGCUCGCCCGCCGUGCAGACCGUGCGCGGCAAGGGCCUGCUCAACGCCGUGGUGAUCGACGAGAGCAAGGCCGGCGGGCGGACCGCCUGGGAUCUGUGCCUGCUGCUGAAGGAGAAGGGCGUGCUGGCUAAACCCACGCAUGGCAACAUCAUCCGGUUUGCGCCGCCCCUGGUCAUCACGGAGGAGGAGCUUCGGGGUGCCAUCAAGACGAUUGGCGAGGCGUUAGCGGAGUUGCCGACGGCUGAGAAGACCGAGGGUCACUGAAUGUGAGGCUUGCUCGGCGUCGGCGGAAUGGAUGAGAGCGGGAAACAAAGCGGGUUGAGGAGCGGCUGAGCCCACCCCGUAGGGCCGCUCGAGGCUGCUGGAUGGCGCCGCAGAGAUAUUCUCCUUUUUCUUGAUACCACGUCGGACAUAAAGCGUGA